UAUUUUAACAAAAGCUUGUGUAACAGACUGCUGCAUCUGCAACUGCUGCUCCAGCCUCCAGACUGAGGGCAGGAAGCACAGGGGAGACUGCUUUAUAGAUCCAGGGCUAAGGUGAAGCUAACUCUGGGCAUAUCCCUGUCAAUAUAAUCAGCUGCUGGUAGGACACUAGGAAACUUGGCUUGGUUGUUGAAGAGUAGGAAAUCCACAACUGUGAAACAGAUUGCAAUGGCUUCAAGACUACAUUCAGCAGUCCUGGGAUCCUCCAACAUUUACAGCAGUACAGAAAGGGUGAACUUGGUGGAACAGGUUGAAGAGCUAAAGACUCAGCUCCAAAUGGCAAAUGAACACAAUAUCUCUCAGGAGAAGAAGGUUACUGACCUCUGCACCAGCCUGGCCUCAGAAGUGGAAGAAAACAAGACUCUCUGGGACCAGAUUGAGUAUUUAACCAAUGAACUCCAUAAAGAGAGAGGCUGGAGACAGCAGCAAACUAGACUAUGCCAGACAGAGAGGGCCAAAGCUGGCCAGGAGUACACCCAGAAGAUCCAGCUCACCAAAAAGCUGGAGGAAUCCGAAAAAGAGUUGGCCCAGCAGAAGAGCAAGGAAGCACUGUUGGUGCUUAAAGAGAAGCAGCUGAGGGCAGAGUUUGACACGCUCACUGCUUCCUACAAUGAGCUCUAUCAGGAGUAUUCUAAUGUCUACCAUGCAUACAGCUACCUCACAGCAGAAAAAGAAAAAAGUCACUCGCUUCAACAGCAACUUGAGACACAGAUUGCUGACAAUUCAAACAAAACAUCAGAAUACAAGAAGCAGUUUCAGAGGAUGAAGGUAGAGCAGGAAGCUCUGUGUCUUAAAAUGGAGAACGUGACAACAGUUGCUGCUGAGAAGGAGAGGAGUCUUUGUGAGGAGUUGGACGACUUGAAAAUUCAUCUCCACCAAGAGACCUCAACAAUCCUUGAGCUUGUUGCCAAGCUCAAGGCUGAGGAAGAGGAAAAACAGGCCCUCCAAAAACAGAUCAUCCCAAUCAUUGAAGACUUCAAGGACAGGACAAGUGAGCAGAGGGAGAAAUCCCCUGCUGUUUCACAGGACACAGUGGAAGAGGAGUCCACCACUGUGGUACGGGACUCCAAACUCGUGGAAGAGGAGUCCACCGCUGUGGUACUGGAUUCCGAACUUGUGGAAAAGGAGUACACCGCUGUGCUUCUGAACUCAGAACUUGUGGAGGAGGAGUCCACCGCUGCGGUUCUAGACUCCGAACUUGUGGAAAACGAGUACACCGCUGUGCCUCUGAACUCAGAACUUGUGGAGGAGGAGUCCACCACUGCGGUACGGGACUCCGAACUCGUGGAAGAGGAGUGCACCGCUGCGGUACUGGACUCCGAACUCGUGGAAGAGGAGUGCACCGCUGCGGUACUGGACUCCGAACUCGUGGAAGAGGAGUCCACCGCUGCAGUACUGGACUCUGAACUUGUGGAAAAGGAGUACACCGCUGUGGUUCUGGAUUCAGAACUCCAGGGACAAGCUGGCAUCAGUCAGAGAGCUGCCGAGAACAUCAAAAGGCCUUCUUUCUGGAAAAGAUUCCGUCACUUCCUUGGUUUAAGGAAGAGAAAGAAGAAGAUGCCGAAGGAAGAUUCCACAUCCGUCACUGAGUUCAACACCUGAGUGCUGGUGCUCAGGUGUUGGAGCUCAUUAUCAGUGGAAUGCUGAACUUAAAAUUUAACUUACAACCUUUCAA